AUGGCUGCACGUUGGCGCUACCGGACGGGAUGCUGUAUCCCCGAGAGAGCCUGUCGUGGCAGCGCAAGCAGCUGGACGGCCUCUGAAGCUUCCGCGCCGACUUCUCCGACAACCGACGCCGGGGCUUCGAGGAGCAGAGGUACCGGCGACCGCUGUCGGAGGCGCGGACUCGGGGCAGGGCCAGGAGUCGCCCGGAAGCCCGGCGGUGGGAAUGGGUCAGGCCCCACCGUGGACAUGCGGGUUCCCUCCAGCUUCAACGACAUCGGCCAGGGCUUGCGGCUGCGGCAUUUUGUCAGCUGGUCGUGGUAUGAACGGGAGGUGACCCUGCUGGAGCGAUGGAUCCAGGACCUGCGCACAAGAGUGGUGCUGAGGAUUGGCAGUGCCCACUUCUAUGCCAUCGUGGUAUCCCAAGGGUUACUUUGUCCAGAACACAGACUUUGACUUCUUCAACUACUCAGGACUCCUGUGGUUUCUGCUUCUAUACACGACACCCACCACCUACAUCGAUGACGUCACCGUCACCACCGGCGUGGAGCGAGACAGUGGUGAGGGCUUCUGGACUGGAUGGAGGACCUGAAGACGUGAGGUGGAGGCACAGGUAGAAGAGAAGAUUCUCACCAUCGCUGAUUCACACAAAAGCAUUUCUCCAAGUGGUUGCAGAUGACAUGAUUUCCCAAAGUGUUAGAGCUGAAGUGUGUUUCCUUGUGUAUAUAUACUGUGGUUCCUUUAUCCCUUCAUCUGUGGAUAGACAG